AUGGUAUAUCAGCCUGCUGACAAACGAUCUGUAUUAGGACACACACUGUUUCAAGUUAUUUACAAAAAAGGUUCAGACGAAAAUUAUGGAAUGGAUGUAGCUUUGUUCAAAAUCACGGACAGGCAUCCCAAAUCUCCAAGUUUUCCCGAUGAGACAGGAUCAAAUAGUGCUACAAGUAUUAAAUACGACAGUUGGCGGAUGUGUAGCACCGACAGACUGAAUAAGAAGGAGGAUGCUAAAGUCAUAAAAUUUGGAUCAAAAACCGAAUUACGUCAUGGAAUAAUAAAAUUUGAUACUACCUCAGUAAAAUCGUUGGAUGCAUCCUCACUUGUUCAUGGAUAUGCCCCGAUACAACUGUUUAAGCAAAUUGAAGUUAAAGCUCCUGAAAAUGGCAUUCCGUUUGCUGACAAUGGCGAUUCAGGUGCGCCUGUGUUCGUUGUUGAGAAAAAUUCACAAAAUAAAUGUAUAGGGAUUGUAGAGGGAGGUACAUCAUACGGGACAGUAGUCGUCACACCUAUCGUCCCUAUUUUAGCAGAACUUGAUGUACCUUGCUUAAAAAGUUUUGACACUGAAAGAGAAUUUUCAAAUUUCCAAAAUAAAAUAGAAAAUUUAGAAACACGUGUACAAACAUUUGGUAGUGACAUUCACAGCAUAACCAAUAAUAUGCAAACCGUUAACCAUGAAAUUCAGAAUAUUAAUAGAAAGUUUUGCAGGGCUGUUGAUUUACCAAAACAUGAGCGGCGAUAUUCAAUGAUGAAACAACUUCUUUGA